CAGCAGCAGCAACAACGACAAUAAAACCACAAAAACAAAACAAUAACAAAAGACGCAACCACAACAACAGUCAGAAGAGUCCGAAGAGCAACUAAAGCUGAAGAGCUGCUGAAAAAUACAAACGCCAGAGCUGAAUUUACGUCGAAACGCAACAAAAUCUCAUUACACUUCGCAUUAAUUGUAAAUCCGCAAAACGAAGUGAAGCUGAUCGCGUUGUGUGUGAAUUUUUUUUGUUUUUGUUUGGUUUCAACUUUUGAUUGGCAACAACUCACACACACGCACACACACACACACAUACACAUACACAGUGGCGUGUUGUGCUGGUGUUGUGGUGGGGUGAGUGAGUGAGUCGGAAGCGCGCUGUACUCUGAAACACAACCGAAACCACUUUCGUCGCUCUGUAUUUGAACUGUAAACUCUUAAGCGUAAGCGAGACAGAGAGAGUGAGAGAGAGAGAGAGAGCGAGCAAUAGCUUGAGCGUUUAGCCAAGCGACAAGCAAUUUGUACUAACAUUUGUGCAAACAAAACGCAAGCGGUCACGAACAUACACACACAUGCACAUGCACACAUACAUAUAUGUGUGUGUGUGUGUGAAAUGAAUAUAUAGAUGGAAGCCGGCAGGUUUGGUCGCUUUGGUCGCUGGUCGCGUGACCCGCGUCCUUUUUACACAAUCAGCAAACGUAAUUGCUCAUAAACCGUCGCCGUGUCGCAAACGCAAAACAAAGUCGCAGCACCCCCCAGAUCCACCCGCCCCCACAGCUGCUGAGGCGUAGCUGUUCCGGGUCUGCAGUAAUCCAAAGCCAAACCGUUUAUAACAAUUACACAAACUAAGCAGCCAUUUGGGAGAUGCGUGUGGGUGGCAAUUAAGCGAAAGUCGCCCCAGCCCGAGAGCUGUGCUGUGCGUGUGGAAUAGCCUGUCAAGCUGUCAAGUGUUUAGGUGUUUCGUUAGUUCGUUCGCUCGUUCGUUCGUAUGUGUCGCUCUUGGUGGUGCUGGGGUUAUCGCCUCGACUAAAUGUAUAAACCAGACACUUUAACGCGCCGCGGCAGUCUGAGAUCCCUGCGCAGCGCCCCACUGCUGAGCACCGUGCUGGAGAGCACGCUCUCCUUGACCCGCAUACAUCCGAUUGCAUCGCUGGAACUGCCCGGCCUCGAUUAUGCCGUCCAGUCUCAAUCCCACAUUGGCGCCUUCCAUCACCGCGAAUUGGGCACAUCGUUGCGCAGCGGCAUCGCUGCCAUAACCGCCGCCAGUGCCACAGCCGCCGCCGGCGGCAUCUCUCAGUCCCAGAGCGCACUGCUCGGACGCUACGGUCCGAACGCCUCCAUACGCAACAGCGAGCGUAAAAUUGUACAACCGAAACGCGUUCUAUCGCGCAAACUAAAGCCACAUCUUGUCGCCGACACCGUUAAGCAAUACAUAAGUCGAGCGCAGCGAACAACAAAAAAGGGUGCACAAGAGCAACAAAAUAACAUGGAGUUUUUACGAGGCGUCUAUGCGUUUAUGCAAGUGAGUAGAUCAUCGGUGUCUCAUGUCAAAAUCGAUUCACCUGUUUUUCGCCUGCACACAAACGCAACGGUUAUUUUACUGAUCACAUUCUCAAUUGCUGUGACAACGCGGCAGUACGUAGGAAAUCCCAUAGACUGUGUACACACAAGAGACAUUCCCGAAGAUGUUCUCAAUACAUACUGCUGGAUACACUCAACAUAUACAGUGGUCGAUGCGUUUAUGAAAAAGCAAGGCUCAGAGGUGCCUUUUCCUGGAAUACACAAUUCACAGGGGCGUGGCCCUCUAACAAUAAAGCACACAAAAUAUUAUCAAUGGGUAGCGUUUACACUAUUUUUUCAGGCAAUCUUAUUUUACACACCAAGAUGGCUGUGGAAAUCUUGGGAGGGUGGCAAGAUUCAUGCGCUCAUCAUGGACUUAGAUAUAGGCAUUUGUUCCGAAGCCGAGAAAAAACAAAAAAAGAAAUUACUUUUAGAUUAUUUAUGGGAAAAUUUAAGAUAUCACAAUUGGUGGGCGUACAGAUACUACGUAUGUGAGCUGCUCGCCCUAAUAAAUGUGAUAGGUCAAAUGUUUCUUAUGAAUCGAUUUUUCGAUGGCGAAUUUAUGACAUUUGGCUUGGAUGUGAUAGAUUAUAUGGAGACCGAUCAGGAAGAUCGCAUGGAUCCGAUGAUUUAUAUAUUUCCCAGAAUGACCAAAUGUACAUUUUUUAAAUAUGGUUCAAGUGGGGAGGUGGAAAAGCACGACGCCAUUUGCAUUUUACCAUUAAACGUUGUUAAUGAGAAAAUUUACAUUUUCCUUUGGUUUUGGUUUAUAUUAUUAACGUUACUCACAUUAUUAACGCUAAUAUACAGGGUGGUUAUUAUAUUCUCACCUCGAAUGAGGGUCUAUUUAUUUCGCAUGCGAUUUAGGUUAGUGCGUCGAGACGCAAUUGAAAUAAUCGUUCGUCGUUCGAAGAUGGGCGAUUGGUUUUUGUUGUAUUUACUAGGUGAAAAUAUAGAUACAGUUAUAUUUCGUGAUGUUGUACAGGACUUAGCGAAUCGUUUAGGACAUAACCAACACCAUAGGGUGCCUGGAUUGAAAGGUGAAAUACAGGAUGCAUGAUAUUGGGAGUACUAAGAAGUAAUACAAAAUGCAAAAUGUCGUCUCUAUAAACUAACAACAACAACAACAACAAGAACAAUGUAAUUCAACAAUUUAGUACAACAACUAGAAGAAGAAGGAGAAGAAUGAAAGUUUGAGUACAGCAGCAGCCGCUUCAUAAAUUCAAAAUAAAAACUGAAAAAAACGUAUCUUACAAAUACAACCAAAAAAACUAUCGUCAAAUGCUAACCACAUCGCAAUCAUAAUCAUCGCAUAAGCUAGCAGCAGGAGGAGGGAAAAGCAUAGAGCAACAUCCCGAUAACCGAUAACGAUAAGGAGAUCAGUUGAAGCACAAUGUAAGCGGAUGUCAGUCACCAACAACAAGAACAACAAAAACAACAAAACAGUCAAGUAAAAUCGAAUAAAUAAUAGAGAACAAGAGGAAGCAACUGAAGGAAUUGGAAGAUACUGGGACGCUGCCAAGCUGAAGCAGCGACUCCCAGUGGACACAGCCAUGCAGGCGCAGCUGGCAACUGCAAUUGCAUGCGUGUCCCAUGGAUACAAGUCAAUGAAAAAAAAAAUGAAAAUAGAGCUUGCCCAGCGACAAGGACAAAGUGUGUGCGAACGAGAAGACAAAAGAACACGAAAGGCAGAAAGGAAAAGGAAAGGAAAGCUUACAAUGCGCUCUCUCUUUCUCUCAACACAUUACA